AUGCUGACGCUCGCUUUUGCGUUUUCCGCUGCUCCGAGUUUUACAAGUCUACGAAAAAGUAGUCAUCGGGGAGAAAUUGUCGCGAGGCGCAGAAAAGGGGCAGCUUUCCGAUCGGUAGCGCUGCAACGCUGUGUUCAUAGCGUCAUGUCGGCGAACGAAGCGCAAAAGUCUCAGUUUAACGCAACUGGCCCAACAUAUGUAUCCCCACUCUCCACGCGAUAUGCUUCAGCCGCAAUGCGCGAGACCUUUUCGGACGUGUACCGCUUUCGCCUGUGGCGAAAACUGUGGUACGUCCUCGCUGACUGUGAGCGCUCCCUGGGUCUUCAGAUAACCUCCGAACAGGUUGAGGCCCUGCGCAAAGCCGCAGAAGAUGAUUUUCCGAUUCCACUUGAGGCAGCCGCCGCUUAUGAGGCAAAGCUUCGCCACGACGUUAUGGCCCACGUCCACGCGCUUGGUGAUCAGGUACCGGUCGCGCGACCCAUUAUCCACCUAGGGGCUACGUCGUGCUAUGUCACCGACAAUUCUGAGCUUCUACAGCAAAGACGCGGACUGACGUUGCUCCAUCGUAUGCUCUGGCUUUGUAUUGGAGAGCUCGCCCAGUUUGCGGAGCGAUACCGCGAGCUGCCGACCCUCUCCUACACGCAUUUCCAGCCGGCACAACCCACAACCGUGGGCAAGCGAGCAUGUCUAUGGAUUCAGGAUUUCCUGAUGGACGCACACCAGGUCGAGCGCAUGCUGAAUGAGAUCAAGUUCAGGGGUGUGAAAGGAACCACCGGAACCCAGGCAUCUUUCCUGGCGCUGUUCGACGGCGAGCACGAGCGUGUGCGGCAGCUCGAUCGACUCGUCACAGAGCGAAUGGGUUUCGCAGCGAGCUUCGCUGUCACCGGUCAGACGUAUUCUCGCAAACAGGACUUUUUCGUCUUGGCAGUUUUAGCUGGAAUCGGACAGUCGGCGGCCAAAAUGGCGAACGACAUUCGACUUCUGCAGCAUCUCAAGGAGGUCGAGGAGCCGUACGAGGAGCACCAAAUCGGGAGCUCAGCGAUGGCCUACAAACGAAAUCCGAUGCGCUCGGAACGGAUCAAUGGUCUUGCUCGUUUCCUGCAAACGCUUGUGUUGAAUCCCGCCGAAACAGCCUCGACGCAGUGGUUGGAGCGCACCCUGGACGACUCGGCGAAUCGGCGACUUGCGAUCAGUGAGGCGUUUCUGACAACGGAUGCGAUCCUUCAGCUGGUGCUCAACAUAAGUCGUGGCCUGGUUGUGCAUCCUCGGGUAGUAGAGCGCAAUCUGCUUCAAGAACUUCCUUUCAUGGCGACGGAAAAUAUUCUUAUGGCCGCAGUUCGCGCCGGGCAAGACCGCCAAACCAUGCAUGAAGCGAUUCGGCAGCAUAGCGUAGCCGCAGCUGCACGCGUGAAGGACCAAGGGCUUGACAAUGACCUUCUGGAACGUCUCAGAAACGAUGAUCGUUUCGCUUGUAUUAGGGAUCAAAUAGACUCGCUUUGUAGCGGCUCUGAAUUCGUGGGCCGUGCGCCCCAACAAGUCGAUGAAUUUUUGCACGAAUGCGUGUAUCCGUAUCUAGACGAGUAUCGCAGUCGGUAUGCUGAAGCCGACAACAAUCAUUCACCGUUGAGUAUGGCCGGAGUUCUUCGCGUUUAA